GUGGGAACUGAUACGCCAUUAGGAUCGUGAGAAGCGCAGAAAGAUAGUGAGCGCGGCCAUGGCGAAGGAAACGUCCGAUGGCAAUAAAACCGAGAGCUACUUGCAAAACUCAUAUCGCGCCGUGUUCAGGGCGAUGUACGACCAGACAGACAGCAAUAUAUUCGAGUACUCCUGUUUCGAUUAUCUCAAAUUCCACCUCUUCGGUGACCAAGGCAUCUUCGCAGUGGCGCUCCAGCUCGGCUGCCCGCGCAUCUUGAAAUACGCUGUCGAAGAAGCGUUGAAAGGCGAGAACGAACAGAAGUGGGCACGCGAAGCCGCCAAGGACCCCGUGAACUGGCUUCGCCUCGGCCUCCAACUCUACAGCAUCUCCAUCACGAAAGAAGCCAUCCUCCACCUGGCCGGCCGAAUCGCGCAACUUCACGCCCUACCUCCGAACGCCUUUCCCGAACCCGUCCUGCGGACUGUCUUUUCCAUCUGCGAUUAUCUCCAGUCCUACCGGGCGGAGGUCGAAGCCGACGUGCAGAACUACGUCCGCAAGACGCUGCUGCCGCCACGCGUGAACAGCGGGUUCGUAGUGAAGUACAACAAGAACGAUCUGGCGGAUAUUGGAUUCGACUUGAUUGCGUUCAGCGUGUUCGAGGAGUGGUGGCGGCUGACGAAGGUCAGAAUGGCCCGCUUGGCUCGCGUAGCAUGGCAUGCGGCGAUCGGGGACGAGAAGGUUGUCGUCGACGGCGCAAUCCUCCGCAUGAUGAUGAACGACGAGCCGGACGGGGGGUUUCAGUUUUACCACAGGCUGAAGAGCAAUCCGGAGGAGAAUCUCCUGCCGCGAGACCAGGUCGAGAGGCUCACCCGCAGAUACCAUGUAACUCCUAAAGCCGUCGGGAUCAUCUAUCACAAGCUGGAGAACCUCAAGGCCGGGGUCCUCGAUCUUUUCGGCGCGAUUCUGAAGAAUAGUAGCAUCCUGAACAAGGUCGAGGCAGCCAUGGAUAAGAGUGAUCCGCUAGAAGGCAAGGACUCUGUGGUCUCGCCGUACCUUCACUUUACCUGCAUAGACCUCGCCGAUGAGAGGGUUCGUGUCAUCCUGGAGCAGUGUGAGGGAUUUUCUUGGGACGAAUCAAUUCUAGAGAAUGAGGAGGGGGUUCACUCCUGAGUGCUCAUUGCUGGGAGGGAGGGUGAAAGCACAGUUGAACUUGAGCCGGGCAUACUUAAAUUUCCAUACGGAUGGUUCAAGCAUCGCAACCUGCUGGAUUCCGAGAUUCGAGUUUUGCCGCCUUGGAGGAUGGCGAGAACAGACCUUGGGAAGGGGCCGGACGCAUAGUCAAUAUAUCAACACAAAACAU